UUCUUUACUUGAGAAUAAAGAAUAAAGAAAAUUCUUUAUUCUUUACUUUUCUAAGAACGUUCUUAGGUCGAUUCUUUAUCGGUAUUCACCAACGCUAUUUUUAGCGUUCUUUACUAAGAAUUAUUUGUUAUUGAUGUAAGCGACCUUGGUACCCGGCAUUUUCGUUAACGCAUAUAAAACUCGGAACCGUUUACGUGUCUUCUGUCACAACAUACAAGAUGGCGGACAACAACGCUAACGUUGCUACUAGUAGAAAUCGUUGGUCCGAACAGGAGGAAACUGUAAUAGCCCAGGAAAUAAUUAAAAACUAUGAUGUCCUGUUCGGCCCAAUGACCGGUUGUGGCGCACUCAAAAUUGGAGAGGUUCGAAGGAGAGGCUGGGAAGCCGUGGCAAAUGUUCUAAACUGCCAAUUUUCCACCUAUAAGCGCGCAGGUUCAGAGGUGAAGAAAAAAUACUAUAACAUGAAAGACAAAACAAAGACAAAAAAUGAUGAGAUGAGGAGGCCAGGCACUGGAGGAGGGCCCCGGGUGAAAGAGUUCACCAUUCCGGAGGGGAUUCUCCUUCAGCAUUUUGGGGAUUCCGCCUCUGUGGCAGGGGUCCCCAAUGCAAUUGACACUGAUGCUCCAGAGGGUGCUUCAAUCAACAUAAUUGAACUGGGCAAGAUGCCAAUAGAUGGUAGCACUUGCAUGACGUUCAAGAUAGAUGAAAGAGGACUAGGAGCUCAGAAGACGUCAAGUGUAUUCCAACGUGCAGUGGAAGAUGAAGCUGGGCCAUGCUCAUCAGGGACCAAGACCAAUACCAAAUCAAUGAAAAUGGCCAACAAAAACCAGAGUAAAAGAGCUAGGGCAAGUUUCAACAAAUUGGCUGAGGACAACCUAAUAGCAGAAAAGAAGAACAUCCAUCUGCAACAAGUAAAUCUAAGAUUGAAGAAUCAAUUGAUACUGGCACAACUGAAAAGUUUAUGUUUGUAAACUACCAUUUCUGUU